AUGGAUAAAGACAGGAAGAAGGAGAAGCAGCCCGAGGGCGGCGCCGACGGGAACGGGAGCUACAGAUUCGAUUUCAAUCCGGCUCAGAGAGGCAAUACUACUGGAGUUCCGGAGGAUCCGACGUCGAAGCUCAUUGGGCAGUUCCUGCACAAGCAGCAGGCGUCGGGGGAGUUCUGUUUGGAUAUGGAUUUGGAGAUGGCGGAGCUUCAGAACGGGAACGACAACAACAACGACGGUCUGCAUCACCUCCGGCAUCUCGCUCCGGUUUCCGAGUCGCCCGUGUCGGUUCACCAGCGAGUCUCGUUCGAGUCGAGCGAGUCGAUUAGGAGGAGGCAGGCGAGCAGGUUCAAGGAGCCUCCAGGGAUUCAAUCGAACGCCGGGAGUCCUGCUGCUGGUGGUGAUGGAGGAGGAGGAGGGGAGCCAAUCGUCGUUUAA